AUGAAUAACAAAGAAAAUUUACCAACAACACCUACAAGUAAGGGAGAUAAUUUCCCUCUUAAUGCAGGAACACCUACAUCUAUUCACAAACUGCCAUUGAAACUAAUUUCCCCAAAUAAGCUGAAGGGUAAACUAACCUUUUUGGAAAGCGAUAACUUGGAUGAACAUUUUAACUUACUCCACACAACACACGAAGAGAUACAACAACAGUUGUAUAACAUAGAGUUGAAUUCCAAACAAACCAAUGUUGAUUUAGAGCAAUUGUUUGAUAGACUGAAGAAUAACAAUGAACAUUUGAAUAAACUUUUAUCAAGUGUGGUGACCUAUUCUCAGGAGGUAAUGACAGAAGGUAAUGCCACUAAGGCAGAUAUGAAUAAGAUCAUUCAACGAUUAGAUAGAUUGAGUGAGCAAGAUAAGGCAGUUAAUGUUGAAAGUGUCAAAAUGAGUGUUGAUAGUAGUACAAUGGAAGAAAUCCGUAAGACUAUACAAGAAACUACAAAGGCAAACACCCCUGAUCUUGACUCCAUGAAAGUUGAGAUUGCAAAGUUGAAAGAAAUUCUUAGUACAGAUAAUGAGUUGAUGAGUUCACAAUUAGCAAAACAGGAAACCAAACAAGAUGAAUUGAAACAAUUAUUUGAAAAACAAUUGCAAAAGUCUGAAGAAGUUGCCCAAAUAUUAGAAGGGACUGCUGGAAUGGACCCAAUUAAAUCACAAAUUCAUAAACUUGAAAACUUGGCAGCGUCAUUAGAUCAAAAGUUACCUCCAACAGAUAUAGUACAUCAAAUCACCGCCCCGAUCAUUUCAGAAUUACAAGCUGUUUCAUUGGAUGACAAAACUACUAAAUUAUUAGAGAGCAUAUUGGAAAGCACGAGGCAGGCAAAAGAAGUAUCAACUCACAAGGACUCGACCCUUGAAGCUAUUCUUCAAAAACUUGACAAUCUAGAGAAGUCACAGAUUCGCGUUGAGGAUCGGGAUCUUGAAAACAAGUACAAGGCAUUGGAAGAAAAGUACGCGUUACUUUGUAAGAGUUAUAACCAAAAGUUUGAAGACUUUAAGGAAUUAUUGGGCAAGUAUAAAGAACUCCAAGAAGAAAUUGAAAGUACACAGAUUCCUACAACUAACCGAGAAUCAAAGAUGGAGAAUUUAAAGAAUUUCCACAAAAUCAAGCUAGACGAAAUUGAGAAAAAUGACUUUGUUAGUGUUAGAAAAAGAAUAGCAAGCACACCUUUAGUGAAGUUGCGGAACAAUAAUUUGAGUAAUAACUCUGACGAGGAAUCAUAA